CAACUGUUCAAGAAAAAGAAAAAACUCCAACCUUUCCCUUUCCUCCGCGAUCCGCCGAUCCCCAACCCCCAAUUCCGACGUCGUCCCGCGGCCGAGCCCCAGCAUCGCGAGAUCGCUGUUCCCGCCGGCGGAGUUCUCUCUCGCCGCAUCACGCCCUAGAUUUUUCGAGGCGAAGGCCUCGUGGCACCAUUUUCCAGGGCUUGUUCGAUGUUGCACACUUGUACCUCAUGGAAGCCUCAAGCGUGGAAGCCAGCGCAUAUGUCACACGCAUUCGGGCAUGAGCCAAGGAAAAGCUCACAGCAGCAAACCGAAGCUCUAGCAAGCGUGCCAGCUCACCAAGCUCGCCUUCACUCCAUCGCUCAUCGCCGAGGUACCGGCACAUGCCAUCUGUUGUAUGUCAAGCCAGAACGUAUUUGCCUGAUCGAUCUAGUUAAUAAGCUUGCUAUACAUGUUAAAUCUGGUUGUCAGUUGCUUUGGAUCUUGUGAUUGCUCCAACUACACUUAGUUGCCACAACUCUUUCCUGGGGCUCGCUAACUGGGGCUGCUGUGGCAUGGACCAUCUAACAAUAAACUAAUUGUUAAUGAAUGCCAAGAUCUGAAAAUAGCGUACCAUUAAACAAUCAUACACCAGAAGAGAAGUCAGAUUCAUAUGCUCAGAGACUCGAACAAGUACGAAGCUUUGUUUUGCUUGUGUAACGUCCUAUGGCUAAGACCGGAGAAGAUAAGGAAGAGGUUGAGAAGGCAAGGAGUGAAGGGUCCCAAGCCUACUUUGCUUGAUGGCAACGCCAAAGAGAUGAAGCGUAUCCGACAUGAGCUCAAGCCUAUGAAGAAGCAAGACAGCAACAACUACAUCUCCACCCUCUUCCCUCACAUCCUUGUCUGGAAGGAAAUUUAUGGCUCUGUGUUCCUUUACUCGUCAGGAGGUCGGGAGAUAUUGCAUGUUUCUCAGCCAGACAUGGUAAAGGACAUAGACCACUGGACACCAUCAGAGCUCGGGAAGCCUAAUUAUCUGAAGAAAACUCGAAAAGCCCUUCUAGGGGGAGGGUUAUUUACGGUGAAUGGUGACGAAUGGGCCUAUCAGAGGAAGACCAUGGCGCCAGAGUUCUUCAUGGACAAGAUCAAGGGUAUGAUACAGCUGAUUGAAGAUGCAACUGCUCCGCUGCUAGAAGCAUGGGAGAACAUUCUCGACAGCGCAGGAGGUAGCACAGAGAUAGUUGUCGAUGAUUAUGUGCGGAACAUCUCAGCAGAUGUAAUCGCCAGGGCUUGCUUCGGGAGUAGCUUCGCAAAAGGAGAAGAGAUAUUCUGCAUGCUCAGGAAGCUUCAAAAGGCGAUUUCUCAACAGGAUGCAUUUGUUGGACUCUCUGCACUGUGGAAGCAUCUGCCUACCAAGAGCAACCGAGAGAUAAGGAAUCUGGUUGAGAGAGUCAGGCUACUGAUCUUGGAACUGGCAAAGGACAACGGGAACGAGAGUGGAGCUGAGAAUGAGGCAACUCAUAACGGUCUUCUGCGUGCGAUCAUCAAAGGCUCCCAUGGUGCUGGCCAUGGCGGCACUGCCGAGGACUUCAUCGUUGGCAACUGCAAGACCAUAUACUUUGCAGGGCACGAGAGCACGGCGGUCACCGCCAUUUGGUGCCUGAUGUUACUGGCCAAACACCCGGAGUGGCAGGAGCGCGCCCGUGUCGAGGCGCUGGAGGUUUGCCAUGCGAGGAGCACGUUGGACGUCGACGCCCUCCACCGACUGAAAAUUCUGACGAUGGUGAUCCAAGAAACUCUCCGUCUGUACCCACCGGCGUCGCUGAUGAUGCGUGAAGCCCUGACGGACAUAAAGAUCGGCGACCUGGAUGUGCCCCGCGGAACGAUCGUCCAGGUGACCAGAUCGAUGCUGCACCUGGACAAGGAAGCCUGGGGCCCCGACGCCGACGAGUUCCGCCCGGGCCGGUUUGCCAACGGUGUGGCUGGGGCGUGCAAGCCGGCGCACAUGUACACGCCAUUUGGGCUCGGCUCCAGGACCUGCAUCGGGCAGAACCUGGCGAUGACGGAGCUGAAGGUGGUGCUGGCGCGCCUGCUGAGCAGGUUCGCCUUCUCGCCGUCGCCGACGUACCGCCACGCGCCGGUGUUCCGGCUGACCAUCGAGCCAGGGUUCGGCAUGCCAUUGGUGGUGAAGAAGCUGUGAUCACCAUCGUUGCUCAUUGACCUGUAGUCGACCAGACUCUGAACUUGGACAGUCAACACUCACCAGGCGUGCGAGCCACAUAUAUACUUCCUAUGUCUCAAAAUAUAAGACGUUUUUGAGUUUUCA